AUGAUUUCAGUGGUAAAUCUGACCGAUGCUGGCUCUAACAUCGUGCUCAGAGCCCAAAGAAAAUACUCAGCACUUCUGUCCGAGUAUGUGGUGACAACUCGCCCUGAUCUCAGCCCUUCGGAGCAAAUGAAGAGGCUCACCCAGUUGUUCGGCGUUAUCCCACACAUAAUGCAUGCUUCAGACAGGGACCACCUGUAUUGUGCAAAAAUGGUGAUGACCAACACUGGAAACCUCUCAGGAACUUUGUCGUACGACCUGCACAUUAGAAAGUUUUGA